UUGACUUACUACUUGUAUCACAGUCACCUGUGUUGGUUUUUAUAAUAUGUUCAGGGCCUUUAUUUGGCAGAAGGAAUACUUAGCAGAUGCUGUAAGCACAAAUAUUUUCACCUCAUCUUGUCCAGAAAUGGAAGCCAAAGUUUCCUUUCACAGGCACUGCCACAUGUUGUAUAAAAGGGUAAUUUUUUUUUUUUUAAUCUUAGCUAUCCGUCUUCCCAGCAUAUACUCUGAAAGGAAACAUGUUUGAACAUCAGGACACUGCAAAGCAGACAUAUUCGUUAAAGUACUAUAUGUGCUUCCAUGGUAGUAAAAUAAGGUCUUAAAAUGUGUGUUUCUGAUUAAGUGAUUAAAAUUCCUUCUAUAAAACAUUUCUGUUAUCAGAAAUCUUAAGUUUUGAUAUGACAUAUUUGGCUGCAUUUUUAUUUUAUUUGUUUAAAACUGUAGGAGUUGUCUUUGAAUAAAGCAAAAGCCAUUAUUUUUUAGACUCUAAAGGAAAAUGUGGGCCUCCUCCACCAAUAGACAAUGGAGACAUUACCUCACUCCUGCAAUCAGUAUAUCCUCCAGGAAUGAUUGUUGAGUACCGGUGUCAGGCCUACUAUGAACUUCAGGGAAAUAGAAACGUAGUAUGUCGGAAUGGAGAGUGGUCAGAACCACCAAAAUGCUUAGAGGCAUGUGUAAUUUCAGAAGAAACAAUGAGAAAACAUCACAUACAGUUAAAAUGGAAACACGAUAAAAAACUUUACUCCAAAACAGAGGAUACUAUUGAAUUUACGUGUCGAUAUGGUUAUCGUCCACGGACAGCACUACAUACAUUUCGAACAACUUGUCGGGAAGGAAAGGUGGUGUAUCCUCAAUGUGGAUAGACUCAAUGCAGUUGUAAAACUGAAAUAUGUACAUGUAUUCAGAUUUUUCCUUAUUAAUUCAAUUUUGUUUAUUUUAUCAAUAUUUUUUAACUCAUCUUGAAUCAUAAAUCAGAUUUGUGUUAAAUAUUAUGGGGACAGUGUAAUUGAGAGAUGGGUCCAAUGAAUCACUUCCUAAAAGUACCUCAUUAAACUUGGCAAAUCAAAAU